AUGGAAGAAAAUAAAAUUAAAGUGGUAUUGGUAAAACAUCUUUAUUGUAUACAAAAAGGUAGAGGUACUUUUGAAACAUACAAUCCUACCUUAUUUGAAGAUCAUAUAAAAAUAAACAAAGAUGGUAAAGAAUAUAAUUUAGAUUGUUGGGAUAUUAGCAGUGGUGCUGAGGAUUAUUCUCGUUUGAGACCACUUUUAUAUCCAAAUACAAAUGUAUUUUUUAUUUGUUUUUCAAUAUCUUCAAGAGACUCAUUUAAUAAAUGCACAUGGUGGGCCAAAGAUUUAACUGAAUAUUGUCCUGACGUACCAAAGAUAUUGGUAGGAACUAAAAUAGAUUUAAGGGAUGAUAAUGAUCCAAAUAAAUCUGAUUUUGUAAAAUAUAAAGAAGGUAUAAAGAUGAAGGAUAAAAUUAAUGCAUCUACAUACAUAGAAUGUUCGUCAUUAUUAAAUAAAGGUGUAAAUGAUUUAUUUGAUACAAUUUCAAUCUUUAGUGACAAUAGAAUACAAAGUAAUUGUAAUAAUAAAAAUCAUAAAGAAAAUAAAUGCAUUAUUUGUUAA